AUGUUGUCCACCAUGCCAAUGGCCACCGAGUCUUUCUACGGCCGCAACGCCGAGCUCAGGGAGAUGCAGACAGCUCUUGACCCUUCUAAACCAGGUCGAAAAAGCCUUUUGAUAUACGGAAUGGGCGGUUCCGGAAAGACGCAGCUCACGCUUCGCCACAUACAACAAGAGGGGACCCGAUACUCCGCCGUCAUCUGGAUCAACGGCUCGACGCAAGAACACGCCCAACGCUCGUUCGCAGAAGCUGCCGGGUUCAUCUCUUCGAGCUGGCCGCGGGACCUGCCCAUUCCCUACGCCGGCUCGGACGAUUUGCUUAUGGUAUCUGCGAGGCUGCGCUUAACCCUUCUCACCAACUGGCUCCUGGUCAUCGACAGUGCCGACAACCCGGAGCAGGGGCAGUUGUCGAGCUUCAUACCCACAUGCCCCCACGGUUCUGUUCUCAUCACCAGCACCCGCCUUCUGAAACUACACGGCUUCAAGCCGGACAGGCCGAUGAGCAUGAAUGGCCUCGAUCCCCAAAGCUCGCAAGAUCUCUUGGUAGAGAUGAGUGGCCGGGAUGAAGACGACAAUGAUGAUCGCAUGCUUGCGCGGGAAAUCGGCAAAGAGCUGAGCGGCAUGCCGCUGGCAGUGGAGCAAGCCGGCGCCCUCAUCCUUGACGGAGAGUUUUCCUUUGCCGACUUCCUCGCCGCUUACAAGACGGAGUACACGAGACUGAUGGAGAAUUUUACGCCAUCCGACGAGAGCCGCGUCUUCACCACCAUCCUAGAUAUGACGUACCGCUCCGUCGAGAAGAACCCUCAACACCUGGCUCUUCUCAAUCUCAUCGGCGUUCUUGGCCCGUGGCAGAUCCCGCUCGACCUUCUGGAGGGCUUCAGCUUCGCCAGCGCUGAUAGCUCUGACCGGAUGAGCGACGACAUCAAGGCUCUUCAGUCACUCCUGGGCCACCCAAACUUCCUCCGGGUAGCACUUCGGCGCCUCGCAACUCUCUGCGUGAUUACCCUCAGAGAGGAAGCCGGGUCUGUCGUUGGCGUUAUGAUUCAUAGAGUUAUGUGUCAGUGGUGUUUGAAAAAGGUUACAGAGGCAGGAAAACAAGAUCUGAUACUGCAGGCAGCCUACGGUCUCGCAAGGGGCAUCCACUGUCCAUCGUCCGUCAUAAAUGCUCUGGAAUGUGCCAGGAACGACCAAACAAUAGAGCGUAAGCUUGCGGCACCGCUCUUGUACUGUCUCACCCUCCUGCACUUGCGCGUUCCCAGGGACGACCUUGAUCUGUCGCGUGGGCGUCUCCGCGACGCCUACGCCACCAUCGUCACUCGGGCCGCCUGGGUCAACCUCAGCAUAGGAUCUGUAGAGAAGUCCAAGGUGUACUUCCUUGCCGCCGUCGAGUACGACACGCUGAGAAAUAACGAACUGGACCGCCAGUGGCCGGCCGACGAGACAUCUCUCGUCAUACUCUGGGGUUUGGCUUCAGCGUAUCACCGAUCCGGCGAUCUCAAAGAGGCCGAGGAGACUUUUGGAUCGGCUGUCGAGUUGUCCAAAUCCCUACACGGCGACGAAGGCGAAGAAACGCGUGCUCUAUCGACUCGCUACGUCCAUGUCUCAAAGAGGAAGGGCGUCAUGUCGAGACAUUACCAGUCGGCAGUGGUAGCAUCGGCGAGUGCCAAACGUGCUCCUUCCCACUUGCCUGGAGAAAAUAGUCAAGACUCAACAGAGGAUGAUUGGAGGUCUGCACCGGCUGGUCUAGUACCCUCGGCCGCGAGUCUGGAUGAACGGGGUGCCACAUUAUCGGAAUCUCACGACGCGGACCUGGAGGAUUUGAAAGAGAAACUCUCGCAUUUCAAUUGGGCAGAACAAAACCUCCUGUGGAAUCUUUGCACCGUGUAUGACUCGUCAACUCGGAUAAGACGAGCAACAACCGAUCUGGUCAAGGUGGUUGAUGUCGAAAACGAUGUGCUCACGAACGUCGAGAUGCUGCUCCUCGGGGGUGCCGACGUUAAGUCCAAGGACAUCGAUCUGCUGCAUUUUGAAUCCGUCACACCUCUCACGGGUGCGGUUGGGACAGGCAGCGAGCCGUUAGUGCAGUUCCUUCUGGACAAGGGCGCAGAUAUAGAUGCAAGCGACAGUUUUGGGUACACGCCUCUGAUUCUGGCAGUGAGCAUCGAGCACGAAGGCAUGGUUCGUCUCCUGAUCGAAAAUGGGGCCGAUAAAGACGCCGUCACUGAGAACGGCUCCAACGCCUUAAAGACGGCUUGCGCUCAACAAUCGGACGUCAUGGUUCAGAUGCUGUUGGACCACGGAGCCAAACCGAACGUGACGGCCGGCGGCAGCGAAACAGCUCUCAUGGUGGCUUGCAAUAAAGGUUCAGACGCCAUAGCUUGA